UGACAUGAAUGAUCUGACAUUCUGACAGAUGUACGCAAACGCAAAGCAGACCAAAACAGCCAAGACGCAUGAUCAAAAAGAUUUUGUACGGCUAACCCGACGAGUGAAUAUCGAUUAUAAAAUAAGACAAAAGUUCUGUAACAAAAAUGAGUCGUACGGUUUUAAAUGAGAUUUGAUUGAAUUAAAAAUACAUGAUGCUUGUCAAGGCUGUGCUGUGUUUAUCGAGUUUACACUUCUUCAGUGUAGCGGCUCAGGAGCAAUGUACAGAUUUGCGCGGUCGGUUGAUUUCCCACGGACUUCAUUAUGUGCCUGGCCCAGAUACUUGUACUCUGUGCGUUUGUGACAAUGGAUUGCCCAAAGUGUGCAAGGCGGUCCUAUGUUCACCGCCUCAGGAUUGCCGAUCUUUCCGCGUGGGCAACACAUGUUGUGAGUUCAUUUGUUUGGACGACGUCGUGAAGCCCGCGGAAGGGGCGGAGGCCAAUGUCCGCAUGGCGGCCGGGGGCGCAGCCGCCGUAGUCCUCCUGACGGUCGCGCUGGUCGUGUACCGCGUUAGGAAGCAGAAGCGACGCCGCCCACCUCAUGCUGAUGACCAGAGGAGCUUAACUAGCAUUGGAUACAUCAGUGGCAGUAUGGGCUACAUGGGCGGUACGUGUGAGACUGCGCUGGCCGCGUGGAAGCCGCCCAGUAACUAUCUGCCUCGAGGAGAAGCGCCGCCACCCUAUGACGAAGCCAUCGCUCAAUGUCGCCCUGAUAACAUGAGAGUAUCGAACGAGACAUCAUACCACCGCACGUACCCUGCGACGGUGGAGACAAUGUCUCGGCCGGACGACGUGUCGUGCGCCGGACACGGAUACGUCAACGUACCGCGGCCCGUCACACAGGUCACAUAUUAUAUCGCCAACACCCAGAACUGCUACAACGCGCCACUGCUGCAGCCAGUGCACCAGCAGGACAACCGCGAGCCUGCCGCCAUGACUCACCAUCCUCUCGCACCUAACAUGGUGGGGUUUCCGAGCGCGAUCCGUCUGACGGGGUCGCUGGGCGCGAUCAGUAACCGCGGGCUACUGUCCGUGCUGCAGCGGGAACCAGACCACGAGCGACCCCACAACGUGCCCGGCUUCUACACCAACACUGCCAACGUACAUACCUCACUCCACCGCACUAUCCCCCGUAUAUCGACGGCAGUGGACGCGACGUUACUAGACACGCCUAUAUCUGGCUUCAACCGCGCCGACCGCUCCCUACACAACGAGAUCCGUCGCUCCUUCCACAAGCCCAGCGACAACAACCGACACAACGCCGACACUGGCCGCAGCAUGCCCAGGAACCUCAACCUUGCUUCAGCUAACGAUAUCACGAGGAACAUCGAACCAGUCGAUGUGGAUACGAGCCAGGCCCGGCUGAGCGGUAGUACAGGAUGGCGGGGACGCACGCAUAGCGAGGAACAAAACGUGGGCGCUGAGCGGGCCGCAGACCCCGCCCCGCCCGCACCGCAUGCACAGCAUACACAGCACACUCAGCACACUCAGCACACGCAGCACACGCAGCACAGCCAGCAUACUCAGCACAGUGGGCACGCGCGCGGCGCCCACGCCCCGCCCGCCGCCGCGCCCGCGCCGCCCGCGCCGCAACCCACGCUGCCACUCACCGUCGACAAGCCGUCGUGCGUGUGUAGCUACGAGGGCUCGGCCCCGGGCGCGGAGGACGCGGACGACUACCGCAGCGAGUGCGAGAACUGCAAGUCCGCCAGCAGCUCCAGAUGGGUGCUGGAGGAGGGGUGGGAGGGUGGCGCGCUGUGCGGCGGGGGCACGCAGACGCUGCAGCGCCGCGCGCCGCCCGCGCCCGCGCCGCCGCCCGCCACCGCCACGCUGCCGCAGCCCGUCACCAAGCAACCUCGAACAGUGAUGGGUCCCCCGUCUAACUGGGAGAACUGGUUCAACACGAUCCCUGACUCCGACUCCGAGUCCGAGGAGGAGUAGACACGCUCACAACCUCGAUAACGCACAGCUACGUCACACACAACUAAUUACCAAACCUUGGCGGGUAGUUAACUAAUGGAGGACUCAUUAUCAUAUCAGCCUCAAGAUAUUCUGUGCUGAACAUAAACCUCCCCAUCCUCCUGUUGCCCGAUUGAGACAUUAUCAUUCAGCACCAGUGUCUCUCUAUUCGUUAAUUACUUGUUCUACAGCGAAAUACUUCUAACAUACUCGGGUGUAAUAUGUUGGGUAAGGAUUGGAGUAAAUCUGUAAAUGUUGGCAAAAUUAGGUAGGAGCUCGAAUAUUAGGAUAUGGCUGGUGGUUAGUCACCCAUCUCACCGUUAGAAGUAUCUCGUGUAGCGGGUGUAAAAACUCGCGUUUAAAUCGUUUGUCGUAAGUUUCAAAAUGUAUUAUUAGAUUUUUAUUAAAAUCUUCACUUCUUUAUUUUACGAAGUAAAAGUUAAUAGUAAAUUAUGCCAAUAUUUUUUUAAAGAUGGCUAAUUUUAUUCUAUAGUUAGUGCUAGUUACAAUUUAGACUUGUCUCGUUCUAAGUUGCUUAUGAAGCAAGAUAAUUUUUACAUUAAAAUGUUUACAUUCUUUGACAGUACCUUAUUAUUUGUUAAGGAAACCAAACAACUAUACAAUUAACUUAUUUACUUUACUUUUAUUGUUUUGACAUUCCUUUGAUGAUAUUAAGUUUAUUUUACAAAUGUGCACAUACCAGUGUUAUUAUUUAUAUUUAUAGUUUGCACAUGUAAUGUGUUCUUAUGUUGUUAAUGAAUUAAUAUUAUUAAUAUUUGUUUGCCUAAUGCACUUCGCCUAUGUAUUAAAUACCAAAGAUUUGUUACGUUUUAUGUGUAUUAUGUUUUAUAAUUAAUUUGUAUCUGUAUUGUGUUGGCUGUGGUGUUUGGAAAUGUCGUAUGAAUGGAGACAGCUAUCGGACUAAGAAUAAUUUGGCUUGUUUAGUCAGGUAAAAUUUUAAACCUGAUUGCAAUACAGCAUUUUUAUUAUUUCUUAAAGGUAAACUUCACGGCCAAAACAAUACGUCGAACCAUUGGUUUUUUAUUUAUUAUUCUAAACCAAAAAUAUUAUUUGACAUUAGAUGUAAGUAUAUCUAUGUAAUAAUGACAGUAUUUUACUAAUAUAAUAGGAUUGUCACAAAUUGAUCGAAAUUUCCUGUUCAAAUAUAAAUCAAAGAACUAGUUUUGAAUAUUUUCAUAGGUUACAUAGUGCCAAAAAAGAACUGACAGAGGUAAAAAGAGUUUGUAGUGUUAUAGAUAUUGUAUGUUACAAGUGUGGUGUUACAAUCUACUCCGUACAAGGAAGAUUAGACCUUGUUUCUGUAAUAUUAGGAAACAGAAUACGAUGACAUCACUGUCUGGAUGACUAUAUACAAUUUAUUUCAGUCUUACUGUCAGUCGCAACAGCGACUGCCGAGCACAGGUCGCAUAAGUUGCAUUAAAUAUGUGCAUCUCUGCUUACCCAUUCCAGGAAUAAAAGACGUAAAUUUCAUGUUACGAUUGUCAUUUCUAGAAAAGACUACAUUUGUGAUGUAUUUAUUUUCCCACCGAUUCUCCAAUCUUCAGCGCCCUAUCAAUAAUUCUCUAUUGCCAAUGGUACGGAGUAAGAUUGUGACGUCAUUCAAUGAGAUGCCCUGAUCAAUGAAUGCCUUACACUGCAAUACAGAUAACAUUUGAUGUUAACACUAAGAGAACGACAAACCUUUACACUUAAGUACUUUGGUAUUAGAUCUGCAUUAAUUUUACAGUUUGUUUGUAAUGUUUCAUUUAUAGUAGUACUUUCUAGGUUUCUGCUAGCGAUUGUAAUGCAGAUCUAGUGCGAUAUAUUUUAGUAUCAUCGAAUUAAAUGUAAUGUGUAGUGCGUUCUGCAUGUACUUUGUUUUGUGGCUCCGUGUGUUACGACAUCAUUCAAGCAGUGUGUAGCAGGAUAAAUGCGUAACUUAACGUGCUUGUUCAGGCUAUAGAAAUGAAAAAAGUAUUUGGAAAUUAAAAAAAGAUUUUGUUAUAAGUUACCCGCAAUACGUAAUUUUCAUGGAGCUUACUUUUGUUGAUACUUGAUUUAUUGACAGAAUUCUUAUUUCGAGUACCAAAAACAUAUUCCCUUGUAUACUAUAUUCUGGAACUAAGUACAUGUGGAACGAACUACACAGAGUAGCGUUUCUUAAAUUGAUUGAUGCGUCAAAUUCUAAAAAAAAUGAUUCGAACUUUUCAAACGUAGAUUUCUUAUAAAUAAUUGUUUUAUGAACUACAGUUAUUUGCAAUACAUUCGAUGCAAUGGAUUAUUUGAGGAAUGUCCAUUCCACCCGAUGUUUCUAAGGUUAACCAAAGAAAGCCAAGUAAAUGAAAAUGUGAUUGUUAUCAUUUAGUGAGUCAGAAGUGGCAGUGUAGAUGUUCAAGCUCAAUAUAUUAAAGAUAUCAGUUGACUUACAACUUGAGAUAUUAAAGUUCAAUAUAAAGAAGUAAUACAAGAACAUCUAGCUAUAUUAUAUUUUUGUCUAAUAAGAUUAUGGAGCAGUAAGAUUAUUCGUAUUAAUAAGAUGUCUUUAGAGUAUAAUUAAUAAGAAAUUGAUAUUUUACCCUUUUUUCUAACAUCGCCGUGUUAUUUUGUUUCAUGAAAAUGUUUGUAGGCAGAUCGUAUGAAAGAAAAUAGAACAUUAAAUAGUCUGACUUUCAGGGUUGUAAGUUAAAUAGCACGUGUAUAAUAUUUAGUGGUAAAAUAACGGAACAUUGACAGCAACAGUGCUUGCUCGUUGAUCAUGUUGGGGAUGCAAGUAUCUGUAGUUAGGACGUUCAAACGUAACUUCCAUUUAUUUAUUUCAUUUAUUCUAGACGAACUAAACUUUAUUUCAAAACUGAACAUCUGUUCGAUAAUACAUAAAAUGGCGGCCGUUAUACGGACGUCUCUCACAACCCAUUAGUCUGGAGUUUUCAAAGAAAGUUUUGUAAAAGAAACGAAUUAAAACUCACAAUGAUUUAAUAAUAUUUAUUUCACAUUUCAGACGCAACAAGCAAUAAAUUCGAGAGUAACUUUUCAUUAACGUGUUUCAUUUAUUAGAUAGGCAUGAAUAGUUAUAAUGUUUUCGUCUAAUUUAUUAAAAAAUGUAACUCAUAAUUAUCGUUUCCGGAAGAUAGCUGUGAUUGUUCACUGAUGCGCUAACUAUCGAUUAAAUAUAUCGAUGACUAAGAUAAUCGAUUAUUUUGAUUUUACAGUAACAUCGUGGAUGGCAUACAAAUCUUCAGUGAACAUGAACAGCUUAGACCGAUUUGUUAACAUUCCAUUUAUUCAAUCAUUCAAUUGAAUUAAAUUUUAAAAAGAGAUUAUUGAACAGGCGUCAUUAAUUUAGUGAUGUUUGCAGGUCUCCAGUAUUACAAUAAUUUCCGAACCAAAUAUCUUUGUUUUAAAUUAUGAAAUAAACAAGUUAAUGGAAAUGUG